GGAGAAGAAAUUUGGGUACGAAACUGUGAGCUCGUUCGUUAUAAGGCGCGUCUACGGAAGUACUGAGUAGUGACUGGUGUUCUCUCGCGCUUUGGAGUAUGGUGUUCGCACGUGUAGUAGCGUCGUACCCACAAUCGCUAAUACUUAAGUUUGUGCACGAUUUUGAUAUAUUAUACUUUUUUAACUGUUUCUUUCACGUUGUAUUGUUGCGUUGUUUCAAUAUUUUCAAAUCGACAUUUAUAUUAUGGACAAUCAAAACGAACCGAUACCCAUUAAAAGGAAUCGCAGAGGAAAAAUUGUUCAUUUAGACCAAAAAAAAAAAAUUAUUUAUUUAUACAUUGAUCUCAAGAAAAAAGAACCUGAUAUUAAGUAUUUAGAUUUAGUAGAUAAAUUGUCAGAAGAAAGUGGUAUCGGAAUUGGAACAGUUAGAAAAACAUUGAGUGAGUAUAAGUCUUCUGGCACAGUAUCUUCACCAAUAAAUAAGAAAAGACGAUUAUCAAUCAUCGAAAAAGUGUUAAAGCACGUUUUGCUUCUAAGAAAUUAUUUCCAAUGUGCUCACUUUAUUCUCAUGAGUUCAGAAAAAUGUAAAAAUACAAGUUCUGUAAUCAUUCUUAAACUAUUUAAAAUAAAAUUCGAUUCUUGGAUGCAAAGAUAA